AUGAAUCCUCUAAUGGAAACAGCUGACAUAGCUGUGGUUGCACUGUAUUUUGUCCUGGUGCUAGGCAUCGGGUUUUUUGCCAUGUGGAAAGCCAAUCGCAGCACUGUAUCUGGCUACUUCCUGGCUGGACGUUCCAUGACGGGGAUAGUGAUAGGUGCAUCACUCUUCGUCAGUAACAUUGGCAGUGAACAUUUCAUAGGCCUGGCUGGGUCAGGAGCAGCAAGUGGCUUUGCUGUCGGAGCAUGGGAAUUUAAUGCACUUCUUCUUCUGCAGUUGCUUGGCUGGGUGUUUGUCCCCGUGUAUAUCCACUCAGGAGUCUACACCAUGCCUGAGUACCUUUCGAAACGCUACGGUGGCAGCAGGCUAAAGGUUUACUUUGCUUGCUUGUCUGUGUUGCUUUACAUUUUUACCAAGCUGUCUGUGGACUUGUAUGCUGGAGCUCUCUUUAUUCAAGAGUCCCUAGGGUGGAACCUUUAUCUGUCUAUUGUCCUGCUCAUCAGUAUGACUGCACUGCUCACUGUCACUGGUGGCUUGGUGGCAGUAUUGUAUACUGAUGCCCUUCAGGCAGUGUUGAUGAUUGGUGGAGCCCUUACCUUAACCAUUAUCAGUCUAAUCAAAGUUGGUGGGCUAGAUGGUGUACGGACUAAGUACAUGCAGGCAGUACCCAAUGUUUCUGCUAUUAUUGCCACUGGAAACUUCUCCUAUUCUCCUUCAUGCCGCAUUGAGCCCAAGCCGAACUCCCUACGCAUCCUUCGUGGACCUCUGGAUGAAGACAUCCCUUGGCCAGGCUUCAUUCUUGGUCAAACCCCUGCAUCUAUUUGGUACUGGUGUGCAGACCAGGUCAUUGUUCAGAGAGUACUAGCAGCAAAGAACAUUGCUCACGCUAAGUGCUCAACACUGAUGGCUGGAUUUCUCAAGAUCCUGCCCAUGUUUGUAAUAGUCAUUCCAGGCAUGAUCUCCCGGAUCAUGUUUGCAGACGAGAUAGCCUGCAUCGGGCCAGAGCACUGCAUGGCAGUGUGUGGUUCACAGGCUGGUUGCUCAAACAUUGCCUACCCUCGCCUGGUAAUGGCUGUGAUGCCAGUAGGACUCAGGGGUCUGAUGAUGGCAGUGAUGAUCGCUGCCCUGAUGAGUGAUCUUGAUUCGAUCUUCAACAGCGCAAGCACCAUCUUCACCCUAGACAUUUACAAAAGUGUUCGGAAGACAGCACCUCCCCGCGAGUUGCUGAUUGUGGGCCGCCUGUUUGUUGUGGUCAUGGUGGCAAUCAGUAUUGCCUGGGUCCCUGUCAUUAUUGAAAUGCAAGGUGGACAGACAUACCUCUACAUCCAGGAAGUUGCUGGCUACCUCACUCCACCAAUCGCCGCCCUCUUCUUGCUAGGAGUGUUCUGGAAACGGUGUAAUGAAAAAGGGGCCUUUUGGGGAGGCAUGACUGGUUUCAUACUAGGUACUGCACGACUUAUCCUAGCAUUCAUCUACCGCCAGCCUCGCUGUGACCAGCCAGAUACUAGGCCUGCCUUCAUUGUUCAAGUCCACUACAUGUAUGUGGCUGCAGGGCUGUUUUGGAUUUCAGGGCUGGUGGCUGUGAUUGUCAGUCUCAUCACCUCUCCCCCAGAUGAGCAGCAGGUUCGUACCACUACAUUCUGGGGGCUCCGCAACAUUGAAAGGGCUCCAAUGAAGAACAAAGAGGAAAUGUACAGGUUGACUGACAAGACCCAUUGCAAUGGCGAUGGAAGCCUCCACAAAGAGAUGCCUCCAGAUGUCAGAAAUGAGAGAUGUCUUGAUGGGGCAGAUGUCAAACUGCUGGUCCCCGCAACUGACCAUGACCCAGCAACCCCAAGUACAGAAACCUCGCCUGUAACCACUCCUGCUGAGCGAUUUGGUAAUGGAAAGAUAGAAAUGAUCCGAGGAGACGAAGGCUGCCCUAGCAAUGGGGUGACUAGCAGAUGCAUGCGUGUACUGUACUGUUUUUGUGGAUUUAAGGAUGGAUCACAAAGCGCUCAGCAAAAAGUGGUGCAGGAAGAUGCAAGUGUCAUUGCAGAAAUGCUUUAUGAGCCACCUAGAGUUAAACUUUUCCUCAACUUUGGCCUGGUAUUUGUCUGCUCUGUGGGUAUCUUCAUGUUUGUUUAUUUCUCAUUGUAG